UCCUUCCUGCUCAAACUUUACUUUCUCUUUCCUGAACUUCCUGUUUCUGCUGGCUGAUCGUCUCCGUGUGAAGCUCCGUGUGAAGGUGAAGGUAGAAAGUGUGUGUGAGCUGGUGUGAAUUGAGCAGCAUGGAUCAGUGUGAGGACAGAGAGGAGGGAGUCCCUCCCUCUAAAACCACUCUGUGUGGGGAACAUGAGAGCCAGCCCAAAGCUCAGAGGAACCAACCUGGACCUCCACCCAGAAAGCCUGACAAGUCUAAAAGCCCUCCCAUAGAAGACCAGCCUGUGUCUGCUGCAGAGAGGACCCAUGGGAGUCCUGCUGGACCUGAAGCCGGACCCAGCUGUGUGUCCUUAAAGAGUGACCAGUCUAGACAUGAGCCCAUUGAUUUUAAAGACCAGCAGGUGUCUGCUGCAGAGAGAGUGGACCAGCAGAGCUCAGAGGUUCCCACUGGUCAGUCUGCCCAUCAAACACACCUGGACUCCAUAUUUAUGCUGCUGGAGGACAACAUCAUCACUUUUGUGAAGAACGAGCUGAAGAAGAUCCAGAAGGUUCUGAGUCCAGAUUACCCAGAAUGCUUAGAGAGUCAAAGGGAGGAUGAUGAGCAGAGGAGCAGAAGCAGAGAGGCAUUUGUGAAGAUCACACUGGACUUCUUGAGGAGACUGAAUGAGGAGGAGCUGGCUGACCGUCUGCAGCGCAAAAUUCCCCCUGAAGGUUUUCAACAUCAUUUCAAGUCUGUCAUGAAGAAGAAGUUCCAGUGUGUGUUUGAGGGCAUCGCUAAAGCAGGAAACCCAACCCUUCUGAAUGAGAUCUACACAGAGCUCUACACCACAGAGGGAGGGACUGCAGAGGUCAAUGAUGAACAUGAGGUCAGACAGAUUGAAACAGCAUCCAGGAAACCAGACAGACCAGAAACAACAAUCAGACAAGAAGACAUCUUUAAAGCCUCACCUGGAAGAGGUGAACCAAUCAGAACAGUGCUGACAAAGGGAGUGGCUGGCAUUGGGAAAACUGUCCUAACACAGAAGUUCACCCUGGACUGGGCUGAAGGCAAAGCCAACCAGGACUUCCAGUUCAUAUUUCCAUUCACUUUCAGAGAGCUGAAUGUGCUGAGAGAGGAAAAGUUCAGCUUGGUGGAGCUUGUUCAUCACUUCUUUACUGAAACCAAAGAAGCAGGAAUCUGCAGCUUUGAAGACUUCCAGGUUGUGUUCAUCUUUGAUGGUCUGGAUGAGUGUCGACCUCCUCUGGACUUCCACAAAACUACAAUCCUGACUGACCCUAGAAAGUCCACCUCAGUGGAUGUGCUGCUGAUAAACCUCAUCAGAGGGAACCUUCUUCCUGCUGCUCGCCUCUGGAUAACAACACGACCUGCAGCAGCCAAUCAGAUCCCUCCUGGGUUUGUUCACAUGGUAACAGAAGUCAGAGGGUUCACUGACCCACAGAAGAAGGAGUACUUCAGGAAGAGAAUUAGAGAUAAGACGCAGUCCAGCAGGAUCAUCUCCCACAUCAAGACAUCACGAAGCCUCCACAUCAUGUGCCACAUCCCAGUCUUCUGCUGGAUCACUGCUACAGUUCUGGAGGAUGUGCUGAAAACCAGAGAGGGAGGACAGCUGCCCAAGACCCUGUCUAAGAUUUACAUCCACUUCCUGGUGGUUCAAGCCAAAGUGAAGAAGGUCAAGUAUGAUGGAGGAGCUGAGACAGAUCCACACUGGAGUCCAGAGAGCAGGAAGAUGAUUGAGUCUCUGGGAAAACUGGCUUUUGAUCAGCUGCAUAAAGGAAACCUGAUCUUCUAUGAAUCAGACCUGACAGAGUGUGGCAUCGAUAUCAGAGCAGCCUCAGUGUACUCAGGAGUGUUCACACAGAUCUUUAAAGAGGAGAGAGGACUGUACCAGGACAAGGUGUUCUGCUUCAUCCAUCUGAGUGUUCAGGAGUUUCUGGCUGCUCUUCAUGUCCAUCUGACCUUCAUCAACUCUGGACUCAAUCUGCUGGAAGAACAACAAUCAACCUCUAAGAAGUCUGAAACAAGAGAAUCUACAGAGAAAAACUUCUACCAAACUGCUGUGAACAAGGCCUUACAGAGUCCAAAUGGACACCUGGACUUGUUCCUCCGCUUCCUCCUGGGUCUUUCACUGCAGACCAAUCAGACCCUCCUACGAGGCCUGCUGACACAGACAGGAAGUAGCUCACAAACCAAUCAGGAAACGAUCCAGUACAUCAAGAAGAAGCUCAGUGAGAAUCUGUCUGCAGAGAAAAGCAUCAAUCUGUUCCACUGUCUGAAUGAAUUAAAUGAUCGUUCUCUAGUGGAGGAGAUCCAGCAGUCUCUGAGAUCAGGACGUCUCUCCGCAGAUAAACUGUCUCCUGCUCAGUGGUCAGCUCUGGUCUUCAUCUUACUGUCAUCAGAAAACGAUCUGGAUGUGUUUGACCUGAAGAAAUACUCUACUUCAGAGGAGGCUCUUCAGAGGCUGCUGCCAGUGGUCAAAGAAUCCAACAAAGCUCUAUUGAGUGGCUGUAACCUUUCAGAGAGAAGCUGUGAAGUUCUGUCUGCUCUCAACUUCCAGUCCUCUAGUCUCCGAGAGCUGGACCUAAGUAACAAUGACCUGCGGGAUUCAGGAGUGAGGCUUUUCUCUGCAGGACUGAAAAAUCCACAUUGUAAACUGGAAUCUCUCAGAUUGAGUGGCUGUAACCUUUCAGAGAGAAGCUGUGAAGUUCUGUCUGCUCUCAACUUCCAGUCCUCUAGUCUCCGAGAGCUGGACCUAAGUAACAAUGACCUGCGGGAUUCAGGAGUGAGGCUUUUCUCUGCAGGACUGAAAAAUCCACAUUGUAAACUGGAAUCUGUCAGUCUGUCCGGAUGUCUGAUCACAGAGGACGGCUGUACGUCUCUGGCCUCAGCUCUGAGCUCCAACCCCUCCCAUCUGAGAGAGCUGGACCUGAGCUACAAUCAUCCAGGUGACUCGGGAAUGAAGCUCCUGUCGGCUGGACUGAAGGAUCCAGGCUGGAGACUGGACACUCUCAGGGUGGAGCCUGCUGGAGUCCGAUGGUUGACACCAGGUCUGAGGAAGUAUUCCUGUCAACUCACAAUCGACACAAACACAGUGAACACAAAGCUCAAACUGUCUGACGACAACAGGAAGGUGACACAUGUGAAGGAGGUUCAGUCAUAUCCUGAUCAUCCAGACAGAUUCGAUGUUCGUCCCCAGCUGCUGUGCACAAAUGGUCUGACUGGUCGCUGUUACUGGGAGGUCGAAUGGGGAGGACUGGUUGAUAUAUCAGUGAGUUACAGAAGAAUCAGAAGGAAAGGAGAGACUUACAACUGUGUUUUUGGAUACAACGAUCAGUCCUGGAGUCUGGACUGCAUUAAAGAUGGUCCUGAUGCUGUCUGUCACAAUAACAUUCGAGCAUCCAUCUCCUCCUCCUCCUCCUCUGUCUCUAACAGAGUAGCAGUGUAUGUGGACUGUCCUGCUGGCACUCUGUCCUUCUACAGAGUCUCCUCUGACACUCUGAUCCACCUCCACACCUUCAACACCACCUUCACUGAAACUCUUUAUCCUGGGUUUUGGUUAGAAAGUGGUGCCUCAGUGUCCCUGUGCUGAGCUGAGUGUAAAGAGUGUCCUCCUGUUAGAGAAACACUGUUGAACAGAUAGUUCAGUCUGUACAUGUCUGUCUCUUUCACUCACAAACACGUUUUCAGAUUCAUGGAUUUAAUCAGUUGAUGUUUGAAACUCUUCUAAAUGAUUGUAAACUUCUUCCUCUUCAGUCCUUUAAAGUUCACAUCCAGCUCCUCUGCAUUUCCAACAAGUCUGAGCUCAUUAAAAUGAAUCCAAAUGUUUGAUUUGUCUUUCUUAACCAGUUAAGCCCUAACACCACCAGCACGGGGGCACUGGGGCUCAAGACUUAUGUGACUGUCUGUGCCGUCAAGCCUUUUAUGCAAAUAUCAACAUGUCUAGUUUCCACACAAAGCUUAGAGUCUCAGCUAAAUGCUCAUAUAAACCCAAAUCACCAAACACAGCGAAAACAAGCGAUGAUUAAAAGAGCAUUUACAUAAAUGCACAAAAGUGCGCUAAACACCAACAACCAAGCCAGAAUUUGCCAGAUGUACCCGGGUAAACAACGGCUCGUUAGCUAGCAGAGACCUCACAGAUUCCAGAACACCAAAAUUCACUGAAUCAGCCACAAAAGAAGACCACAUAAAUGUGUAGCAGCACAAAUGCUCUAAGACAGAAAGUGCCUUAUGGGACAGAUUUCCUCUAUUUUCACCAGUAGACGAUAGCCGCUGUAGCUACAACAUGUCAUCAGUUUGGGUUCAUGUGGGGCUCGCCUCACAACUUCUGAUUGGUUGAAGUGACGUGAACGCAGCAUCGUUACCAUGAUUUUAUUGACUCAAAUGAAUAAAAAUAGUUGUCAAUCAUGCAAAUCGCUCAAAAGAAGCUGAAGCUGCAGCGCCUCAGAGUUUAAAGUGCUAGAAGCCAUUAAAACUCACCAGGGUGCAGGGUAGAAAGGGCCUGUUGCCUGUCAAUCUGUUGUUAUUCUUCAAAAAUAUUUAAAAAGCAAGCAUUUUUAGGCAUGUUAAUGAAAUUACCCUUUAUGACCGGUUGGAGCGGGGACGCUUCAUUUUGCACAACUAUUUUUAAAGCCGGUAGAAUCACAACCACAUAAGCGAGCGCAAUAAUUUCUUUUGCAUAUGAAAUCGGAGGAGUUGCACUUACAUCAUCACGGUUUCCUUCCACACAUGGCUUUGUAUAACGUGUAUAAAAAGCACUUGCAGCCACAAAAACAUAAUAUUCCAGAAACAGGCUUUCCCGAUCCGAUCAGCUGUUGUUAGGAUUCAGAAAUUCUUUUAUUUCUGCCAUAUAAUCUGCCUUAUGAUAAUUGCAUUAAUAACAUGUUUUACAGCAUUAUUUUGUCAGUAAUAUUUUUUACAGGGUUAUAUUGAAGAUGUUUGUCACCACAUUGACCUUUCUAUUUACAGGUUGUGUUUAUUCUAUAUACAUUGCUUAUCUGUGCUUGUUUAGAGUUGAUGUUCCAUUCAGGAGGGUUGUAAGCUUCACUGACGCGAUGUUCAGGUGAUACAUGUUGAGGGAGGAUGAGAACAUAGCAGGUUAAUUGCAUGCAUGCUUACAAUACACAUAAAUCUAGCAACAGGCCUGAGCGAAGGCCCAAGUGUCUUCUGCUUCUUUGGAGACUGGCUGCAGUUCUGUCUACUUAGUGAUUGGUGACGAGGGUCAAUAAUUAGCCACUAGAGACCCUGAGGCUUGAAGUUUAUUACCUUAAAAGGCGAGUAUUAUAGAAGAGAGAAGUUAUAUGUCUGAUUAUAGCUAUUAAAAAUGUACAAGAUGUACCCAUGUCUGUCAAAAAUGUAUUUUUGACCUGUACUUGACGUGUACGUGGGGGCGUACAUUUUCUGUCCUAUAAAACCCCCAUUCAGUGUAUUCUUGUUAGAAGAGGACAUAUGCUGAUGCUUCUUCUCCUGUGUAAUAAACUCAUAGUUUGAUUGCA